AUGUUGGCAGGUGAAAUUAAAGAAGAAGAAAAGGUGUUCAGAAUUUCUAUUAAUAGAAUCAACAAUAAGGAAGGAUAUAUUGAAGGUAAUGUUGAGUUGGUAUGUUUAGGAUUCAAUUCAAUCGAUAGAUCAAAUUGUCAAUUAUAUACUGAUGGUCAACAAGAUUGGAACAAAACAGUUUUCAAUUAUAUGAUGAAAUGUUUGGAUGAAUCAUCAAGAAACAUUUUAUCAACUUCUACCUACCAAGAACAUUUAAAAAGUGCAAUGUCAACAAUAGAAAUAAAUCAAAUAGAUUUAAUAAAAAAUUAG